CAUGCCCCCUAACAUGCAAGGUGGUAUGCCUGGAGGAAUGCCAGGUGGUGUACCCGGUAUGCCUAGAGGUAUGCCUGGAAUUCCCGGAGGAAUGCCCGGAGGUAUGGUCGGACGAGGCCAUUUUAUUCAAUGGAAGAACCAAGACAUGGUGGAUUUCAAGGUAGACCACCAACUGGACCAAUGUUAGGUCCAGGUGGAAACAGAUCAGAUUAUCAUGAGUGGGAACAUUCUCCACCUCCAGAUGCGCCAUUUGCACAUAGGAUUCGACCUUUCCGUCCGCCUACUGGACCUGCUACUCAUACUUCUUCAGUAAAUAGUCCAAGUUCAGAUAGGGGUGAUGAGGAAAGGGGUGGUGAUAGGAGUGCAUCAGGAAGUGUUGAAAGAUCACAUGGAUAUACACGGAGAGAAGAUGAAAGAUGGGAUGGAUCACGAAAAAGAACUACUGGAGAAACUCCACGUGACGACGAUGAAUUUAGAGCAAAGCGACGACAUUAAACAUUUUAUUAUAAAAGCUUUUUACGUAAUCUAUAAAAAAAAUUAAUUUUGUGCAGAUACUUAAAUUUAAAAAAGACACUCAAUUUUUGAUAUCAAAAAUUAUACUAAUUUUUAAUGUAUAUAUUAUCUAUUCAAAUAAGAUUGAAAUCAUUGCGGUAAUUAUUUGUACUGUAGAAAUUCUUUAUAACUUAUUGAAAUAAAAGAUUGAAUUCUGCUAUU